GGGAGCUCUGGUCCUCGGCGGCGGAAGUGACGUGAGGCCCAGGCGGGAGGCCCGCGCCGGUGGACCGCAGCAGCCGCCCCGGGCGGCUCCCGGAGUCUCGGGAGCAGCAUGGCUCUGCUUCUCCUCGUCCUCAUCACUCAGGUCGUGAGCCCAGCUGAGACGAGCGCCGUGGGUCCGAAGCCGUCCUCGGUGCCUGUGCCAACCAAUGUUACUAUCGAGGCCUAUAACUUAAAUGCUUUCGUACACUGGGAUUACCCAGUCAUGAGGCAGACACCAGUUUUUAUCGUAGAGGUUAAAACCUACGGGCAGGGAGCAUGGAGUGCCGCUUGCAGUACCUCUGAUCAUCAAUGCGACAUCUUUCACCUGAUUGAUGACCCAAUAAGUUCUGCCUGGGCCAGAGUUAAAGCUAGGGUUGGACAAGAAGAAUCGGCCUUUGCAGAGUCAAAAGAAUUUAUUUUGUGCAGACAAUGGAAAGUUGGACCACCUAAACUGAACAUCAGAAAAAAGGAAGACCAAAUCACUAUUGAUAUAUUUCACCCUUUAGCUAGUGUGCAUGCACAGGACCUGGAAGAAAUGUAUGAUGGAGGAGGGCGUUGUGACAUAUUCACGUACAAUGUGUAUGUGAAAGUGAAUGGAACUCUGCUCACCCUGAAGGAAGAUGACUGCAAUGUGACUUGGUGCCAUUUAACUGUCCCAGUGUCCUCACUCACUCCCGAGUACUGUAUUUCAGCAGAAGGGAUCUCCGAUAUGGAGCUGUGGCCCCUUAAAACUGAAAAGUCCGAAGAACUUUGUUCCCCUAUUAUUGAUCAUAAGAGCAUAAAAAAUUCUGUCUGGAUUCCAAUUGUUGCUGCUGUCCUAAUCUUUCUGGUACUUACCCUGGUAGUUGUGUGUUGUAACAUCAAGAAAAGAAAUCCAUUUAAGAGAAAAAGCAUCAUGUUGCCCAAGUCCUUGGUAUCUGUGGUAAAAAUUGCCUCUUCAGAGACAAAAGCUGAGUCAAGAUAUGUAUCACCCAUCACCUAUGAACCAAUUGUCCCUGAAAAUGAAAAGGUGGUCUCGGAAGAGCAGUGGUCUCCAGCAACAAUUUCAAGUACACAGACUGAAGACGAUCCAGGAAAAGUAGAACCCAAAGACCUUUCUAGUGAGACGGAAGUGGUGAUCACGGAAGAACACACGUCCGACGUGGCCCCUGGUAGCCCUCUGACUCCAGUGAGGAAGGCGGAUUCGGCCCAUUCGAGUGGAAGUAACCAGUCCGAACCCUGCAGCAUCACUCUAAACGCCUACCACUCCAGAAGUGGUUCUGACAGUGGCGUUGUGGAAUCCAUCAGCUUCUUGUCUGACUCCGAAUCUCCUCCAGAUAACAAAACUGAAGUAAAUACGGGAGAAUCAGAGCCCAUAAUGCUGAGAAACACUAUUACCUCCUUUGGUUAUGAUAAGCCCCACGUGUUAGUGGAUCUGCCUGUGGAUGAAGGUGGUAAAGAGUCCCUGAUUGGUUACAGAGUUACAGCAGGUUCCAAAGAGCUUUCAUAAGAUCGACCAAGACGCCAACCCAAAAGGUUCUGCUUGUCCUGCACGGUUUUCUGCUCUGACUUCAUGAAAAGAUCGUGAUUUCAGAAAUUGUGUCUUUGUUGACAUUAACCAAGUGGAGUGCCUUGGCUUAGGUGAAAGUGUAAAGAGCCGCUUUGGCACUGUCGCAUGGGUCUGAAAGCUGCAGUGACUUUAAAGAACAAACCCCGCUUGCAUGUGGACCUUUCCGUGUGCCACAGAAGGGUUAGUGGUAACAGCGAACGCUCUCUCAUACUCCUGCUUCCUGUGACAGGAAGUCCUUCCCCAGGGUCCUUCCUGACCACCUCAACAGACGUAAUGGAGUUUUUUCCUUUCCUCUGGUUCUGUGGGGUUAGGUUUCUGUUUUUGUUUGAAAGUUUAUGCACAGUAUGGAGUAUUUUCAAAUGCUUACUUUCAGAAGAAAUCCUGGAAGCUUUUCAAAAUUGCAUUUAAAAGUUGAAUGCCAACCAAGAGAAGUAAUAAGGAAUAUGUAAAUAUUGUAGAAACAUGUAUAUAAUUUUUAUGGAACAUUGCAUUUAAAAGCUUUUAAAUAAAGAUUUGAAAAAUUUA